AUGAAGUCCUCCAUCAUCCUCCUCGUCGCAAGCUCCGUCCUUGCUGUUGCGAUCCCCGCACCAAAGCAGAACCAGGCUCGCAGCAUUUACACGUAUGGAGUCACAGAGUACGAGGACAAGGAAAAGGAGGAGGCCAAGGUGAAUGCCCGCAGCAUUUACACGUAUGGAGUCACAGAGUACGAGGACAAGGAUAAGGACGAGGCCAAGGUGGAUGCCCGCAGCAUUUAUACGUAUGGCGUCACGGAGUACGAGGACAAGGAAAAGGAGGAGGCCAAGGUGGAUGCCCGCAGCAUUUACACGUAUGGAGUCACGGAGUACGAGGACAAGGAAAAGGAGGAGGCCAAGGUGAAUGCCCGCAGCAUUUACACGUAUGGAGUCACAGAGUACGAGGACAAGGAUAAGGACGAGGCCAAGGUGGAUGCCCGCAGCAUUUAUACGUAUGGCGUCACGGAGUACGAGGACAAGGACAAGGACAAGGCUGAGGCCAAGGAGUAG